CGCCGCAGCAUCAUGGAGCUGAACGGAGACGAUGAGGACUUUGAGUGGGAGCCCCCCACCGAGGCGGAGAUGAAGGUGAUCCAGGCCCGCAGGGAGCGGCAGGACAAGAUCAGCAAGCUGAUGGGAGGCUACCUGCUGAAGGGCUACAAGAUGCUGGGAGAGUGCUGCGAGCUGUGUGGGACGAUUCUUCUGCAGGACAAACAGCAUAAAAACUACUGUGUCUCAUGUCAGGAGCUGGACUCUGAUGUAGACAAGGACAACCCCGCUCUGAAUGCCCAGGCGGCGUUGUCCCAGGUGAGAGAGAGACAGCUGGCGGCUCAGUCCGCCGCCCCGGCCCCGUCCCCGGCCCCCGAACUCAACGGCGGCGCCAGCAGCAGCAGUCCGGCGAGCGUGUCGGUCCCCCUGCCCAGACCGGAGCACUGCGAGGGGGCGGCGGCGGGGGGCCGGGCCCUCCUGCCUCCUCCCGCCGCCCCGUCCCCCUCGCCCCCUGCCCCCGCCCCUCCCCUGGCUCCCGCUCGCCCCGCCGCCACCCCGCCGAGCGCCGCCGCCGCCGUCCUCCAGCCCGUGCUGCAGGAGGCCGAGGACGCCGUUCUAAUCAAACUCCGCUGGGCCACCAACCAGCUGCAGAGCUCGGCCUCGCUGGAGUCCAGCAUCCAGCUGUGCAGCCUCAUCACCAGCUGUGCCAACUCGCUGCGCAGCCUCAAGGAGCUCAGCCAGUAACCGCCACGGGGAACGUUGGACCCGUGGAGUGACGGGGUGAACGCUGUUUCUGCUUGCCUCUGUCCUGGAACACUGACUCUGGUUCGCUGCUUCUCUGGGACUGGAUCCUUGCUUAGAGCUGAAAAUGGAAAAAGUUGAACACUUGAAAUAGGAAUAAAAUGUCACUCUUCAGUUCACAGAGCCGCAGAAAUAUCAUAUUACAUUGUUUCACCUCAAAAUACGUGUUUCCUCUCGCCUGAUUUACAACCCGAUUCCAAAAAAGUUGGGACGCUGUCAGGCAGCAGUGUCUUUCCAGUGUUAAUACGAUGAUUAAGGAGUUAAAGUGGGCAGAAAUAAUCCGUCUGUCAUCAGGACUAACCUUUCGUUGAACCGCCUGUCCUAACUGAACGCAAAGCAAACUCAAAAUCAGCUCGAUUUAUUGUUUUCUGUUGCAACUGUCGUCCAAACUGUCCGCAAACUUUCUAUAAGUUGCUGAAAAUGACGAGUUCUUGAUGCGAUGCCUCCUCAUUUCACAGCACAAACCUAAAUCAGGUGGUCAGUCAGCUUUCUGCAGGACUUCCUGUUGUCUUUAUUGUUGUCCUUUAAAAACCAGAAUUAAAAAAAACUGUUUUCCUGUUAAAAAGUAGAAAGAUCUGGAGUUCACAGCUGAUCUGAUCGGUACAUCGAAGAGUGAUUCUAUCGGACAGAGGGCGCCGACGCUGCCUGAUGUUCAGAAGCUCUCUUGCUCGUUCGGACACCAAACUCAAUCUGAUGCAUCAACAUUAAUAGCCGAGCCAGAGACCGAGACAAGUGCACAAAGCGGUCUCUAUCUAGAUGCAGUCCGGACUGGAGUCCUGUAGCCCUGAAAACAGAAUACAUCAAAAUCAGUGUAUAGUUACAAAGUUCAUCAGCCUGAUUGCAUUGUUUCCUGUCGCAGCAGAACUUCUGUCGGACCGGGUUCUUUCUGUCGCUGUAAAAUGAAGCGUUCUCGACACGUUACCUCUUUAUUUCACGACACAAACCCAACUGACCCCUAAACCAAAACAAGUGACUUCCUGCUGUCUUUAUUGUUGGUAUUUUCCUGUAAAAGUUACAGUAAAAACAUAUUUUUUAGUGGUUCUGCCUCCAGGCUGAUGUGGAGCAAACAGCUGGUUGGUUCGUAGUUCUGAGGUGAUUCUGACGGAUUCAGAGCGGACAGAGGGUACCGGCGGCGAGACAAGGUCCCAACUUUUCUGUAACGGGUUGAAUCAGUGGAUGUUCUGGUCUGAGCUGAGAGUGUUGGAGAGACCGUCUGAUGGAACUAGACCACCUGGCUUUUGGUGCUGGAAAAAAAUACAAAAAAUGAGUCUAAAAUAACUCUGGUGUAUUCAGCCCCGGAGGUUUUAUUAGAAAUAUAUUUGAUGAUGAUGAUGAUGAUGGACUCUUAAAUAAACAAACUGUACAUGACUAGACAGCACUUCAUGUUAGAGAACAGCUUCAGGUCGAGCUUUGAAGCCUGAAUAAAGCUUCGCCUGUUCAGAGCUCCACCG